UGGCCGCGGUCUCGGCUCGUGGGCUCAGCCGGGGUUCGCGGGGCAUCCCCUGCUCCUGCCGCCGGUCCGGGCGCUGCAGCCCGGGGCGCUCCCGCCGCCUCUGCCUGCCCCGUGCAGGUGAAAGCGAAGCCUUUGUUACAGACGCCGUGUUCACCUGUGCCAAGUGCCUGCUUCCUAAAGGAAAAAGGUGACUCCAGGGAGCAAAGCUGCCCUGGCCAACCUGUGCAUCGGGGACCAGAUCGUGGCCAUCGACGGCGUGAACACGGAGAACAUGACGCACCUGGAGGCACAGAACAAGAUCAAGGGCUGCACAGACGAACUCACCCUGACAGUCAGCAGAACAGAGUCCAAAGUCUGGUCACCGCUCGUCAAUGAGGAGGGAAAGACACAUCCCUACAAGAUGAACCUGGCCUCUCAGCCACAGGAGGUGAGGCCCAUCGGCAGCGCACACAACCGCAGCGCCGUGCCCUUCGCCGCGCCGGCGCCCAGAGUGCUCACCGCGCAGUACAACAGCCCCGCCGGCCUCUACUCCCCGGACAACAUCCACAGCUUCAACUGCGCCGUGGAGGCCAAGGCAGCCCCCGAGCCUCCCAGCACCUCAGAGCAGCACAGCCAGCCCCCAGGCAGCAUUGCCAUAGACAGACAAUCUGAGGUUUACAAGAUGCUGCAGGAGAAUCAGGAGUCACACGAGCCACCCAGACAGUCUGCCUCGUUCCUCGUGUUGCAAGAGAUCCUGGAGUCAGAAGAGAAAGGAGACCCUACGAAACCCUCUGGAUUCCGGAGCGUCAAAGCCCCCACCACGAAGGUGGCUGCCUCCAUUGGGACUGCCCAGAAGCUGCCCAUGUGUGACAAGUGUGGGACUGGCAUUGUAGGGGUGUUUGUGAAGCUCCGGGACAAGCAGCGGCACCCCGAGUGCUACGUGUGCAGUGACUGCGGCACCAACCUGAAGCAGAAGGGACACUUCUUCGUGGGGGACCAGAUCUACUGCGAGCAGCACGCCCGGGAGCGCGUGGUUCCCCCCGAGGGCUACGAGGUGGUCACGGUCUUCCCCAAGUGAGCCGCUGCUCUGAGCCCCUCGGGGCUGCUUUAUCUCUGCUGCUUCUCCCCGGAGAGCCUCAGCCCUGCCUCCCCUGCCACGGCUUGUUUGCAGUAAGGAAUGUUAGGUAUGGCUUUGAAUCCCCUCGCCCCUGGUGCUCACUGCUUGUGAGGUGUCACUACUUGUUCUGUUAUUGUCAGCUCCUCUCCCACUGUUUGGGUUUUUAAUACACAGAAUCGUUCUUCCCUGCCCCUCCUUUGUGCUGUCAAUCACACAGGCCAAAGCCAGAUCACCACUCUUCUGUGUCCCAGUCGUUUGCCUCCUGUUUGCAUUCAAUAAACAGGGUGAAUCUACAA